AUGGCCACACAUCACAUUGAAAAUGAAACUCAAAGCAAUCAAUAUUAUUUUGAUGCUAACAGUAAUGCUGCUUCACAAGCACACAAAACGACACAAGAUUCAACGCAUGGUUUACCUGUAUCAGUCACCACAAUAGCUAAUUCAAAUGAAUUUACAUCAUAUCCUGCUGGUGUUUCAGGCUUACGUGCACAACAUCAACAAAUACGGCCAGACCGUAAUGUAUAUGUAGAAGGCGAUCCAUAUCAAUCACCACAACAACAUCAAUCUGUAGCUGGAUUUAAUAAAAGUGUAUCUCAACAACAAUAUCCAUCUUCUUCACCGUCUUCACAUCAAGUCAAAGCUACUGUACGAACAGUAAAUGUUCAAGAUCAACAACAACAGCAACAAACAUCACCACAAAGACAACAACAGGCUUAUGCAAAUUAUGAACAACAAAUUUCACCGCAAUCAUCACAAGUUUUAUCUCAACAUCAACAAUAUCCAUAUGAAUCGCGUCAGCAAGUUGGACAACCAGCAGGUGUUUCAGGCUAUUAUCAAGUGCCAAGUUCUACUCAACAUACACAUCAAGAAAUAGAUCAACGAGUAGAAAGUCCAUCUCGAGGUCGCGAUCAACAUGUACAGGCUCAACAGGUACCAGUUCGAAUAGUAUCUACUAACUCACACCAACAAUCUGAGAAUAGUGGUAGUCAUCAACAACAACAACCACAACAACAACAACAUUCACCCCCUCAACCUUCGAAACAACCACAACAACAACAACAUUCACCACCUCAACCUUCGAAACAAUCACAGCACCAGCAAGAAGAUCAACUUCAACAAUAUUAUAGUCAAUUGACUCCCGAACAAUAUCAACAACUGUUACGUCAACAACAAAUUCAAAGACAACAACAAGAGGAACAAAAACGUCAACAACUUGCUCAACAACAAUAUUAUAUACAACAAGAACAAGAACGACAACGUACUGAACCACAACAAUAUCAACCAAGUCGUUCAACUCAAGAAUCUCAACAUUAUGAUGAGCAUCAACAACGACGAGUUUAUCAAACUUCAUCGAAUCAAGAACAACAAUAUCAUCAACAAGGUCAAGAUCAACAUGAUGCGUAUCAUUAUCGACCUCAACAAGUUCAAACAACUGUUUCAUCUAAUGUCACUCAGGAUUCUUAUCGACAACAACAACAACAACAACAACAACAACAACAACAACAUGGUCAACAAGUUCAAUCCGAUGCUUAUCAUGAGCAGCAACGUCAAGUUGCUGCUCAACAAUCACCAUCAUCAUCUACUUAUCAACAAGAACAAUAUCGUUCGACAGUUGGUGUUAGUGGAGGACAACAAUAUCAACAAGUAUCUCCAAAUCAGCAACAACAUGUUCGAACGGAUUCGGAACGACAACGCCAAGACGAGCAAGAUUAUUAUGCCGCACAAUUGGCUCGUCAACAACAACAAGAACGAGAACAUGCUGCUCAACGUGCUCAACAGCAACAAGAACGAGAAUAUGCUGCUCAAAUUGAAGCUUCUCAACGUCAACAAGUUACUUCAAGAAUUCAACAACAGCAAUAUCAAGAACCACAACAACAACAAACUAUACAAUCUCAACAACCUGCACAACCAGUUGGAAUUCGAGGUCUUAGGAGUAAAUUUACUGGUCCAACAACAAUUCCAACAUAUGAACCAAAACCUAAAAGUACAACAACACACCAAUAUUCUACUUCGACUCAUACAUCAUCGAGUGGACCACGUCAAACAACAACAACGACUCAUUCUUCAAAAACCAUGUCAAUGACAUAUUCAGCAUUACCAAAAUCUCAAGAACCACCUGUAAAUAGUGCUGAAUAUUAUCAAAUGUUACAACACGGAAAUAUUAAUAAUACAUCAUCAAAUGUUCAACAAUCGGCUGCUCCACCACAUAUUCAAGGUCCUCCACCUGGUUUUGAUGCAUUACGUGGUCGUUUUAAAAGUGGAUCCGUUUCUGAAACUAUAAAUCCAAUACAAGAAAUACGUCGACAACAACAAUCGAAUACAGGUAAUAAUAGUCUAUCAUCAUUACGUGAUCAAUAUAUGAAUCGAGCAAAAGAAUCAACACAAGCUCAAGAAGAAUCAUUCUCACAGAGAAUUCAAACUGUAUCUCGAUCAACUGUUACUACAGGUCAAUCUUCACAAAAUCAAAAACAAACAUCAAGUGUAGCACAUGUUUCUCAACAUGACGAACCACAUUUACAAAGUCAAAGUAUUGAUGAUCAAGCAGUUUCAUCUGAUGCUGCUCUUGCUGAAGGUGGUUCAUCAUCAGGUGCAUCACCUUUUGAAAAUGAUACUAAUUUAACUGCAACUAUCACUACAUCAGCACCAUAA